GCUGCGCGCGAGCCGCCAGGCCCGGCCCGGCCCAGCCCAGCCCAGCCAGGGAGCGAUGGCGGCCUCGGUGUUCUGCUGCCUGCGCUGGUGCGGGGACGGCGGCGCCGGGCACAUCCCGCUGAAGGAGAUGCCCGCGGUGCAGCUGGACACGCAGCACAUGGGAACAGAUGUCGUCAUUGUCAAAAAUGGCAGAAGAAUAUGUGGCACGGGGGGUUGCUUAGCCAAUGCACCUUUGCAUCAGAACAAGAGCUAUUUUGAGUUUAAAAUCCAAUCCACAGGGGUUUGGGGUAUUGGAGUUGCAACCCAGAAAGCAAAUUUGAAUCAAAUUCCACUUGGUCGAGAUGUGCAUAGUUUAGUGAUGAGGAAUGAUGGAGCUCUCUACCACAACAACGAGGAGAAGAACAGGCUGCCAGCAAACAGCCUUCCACAGGAGGGUGACAUUGUGGGUAUUACCUAUGACCAUGUAGAAUUAAAUGUAUAUUUAAAUGGAAAGAAUAUGCAUUGUCCAGCUUCAGGAAUCAGAGGGACUGUCUAUCCUGUAGUAUAUGUUGAUGACAGUGCCAUCUUGGAUUGUCAGUUCAGUGAAUUUUAUCACACUCCUCCAACAGGGUUUGAAAAAAUACUCUUUGAGCAGCAAAUCUUCUGAACGUCCUCAUACUGAAAACUUGCACCCCUACACUGUUACAAAGCCUUUGCCAUCUUAAAUAAAGCUUCACAUUUACCUGUAGGAAACACAUCUGUAUUUUUUAGUAAAGUACUUGUGACUGUUGUCUGAAGAACCAAAAUGUUAACUGCAACACCAGGAAAUUGUGUUACAAAUGGUAGAUUUUGACAACCGUUUUGUGAUGUGAAAAUCAGUGUUUUGGGGCAGUUUUUUCUGAUUUGUAUUUGAUGUAAAUGGAAACUAAAGGGUAUAAUUGCCACAGUAUUAAAUGAACUUUUGGUUUCAAUUUGAGCUUUAUAAAGGAAAUAGUUCAUAUGCGUGACAGUAUGUUUCCAUAAAGUUACGGGGUAGAUAGUUCUCAUUGUGAUUUUUCCUAUUCCUUCCCUCUCAGAAAUUAUGUACCUUGUAAAAAGAGAGCACUGUGCUAAUAGUCUGUUUGGAUUGCAAUGUCCUUGUUCUGCACAAUGACUAAUGAUA